AGCGCUUGUCCCAUUGAUCAGAGCAACACUAUCCGCCUAUCUACAGGAAUCAAAAAUGAAGGUGGCAACAUGAGCUUUAUUGAUCGGAUCCAUUAAUUAUAGAGGAGCUGUGCUUUUUAGAGGAGCAGCACCAGCCAAGCCCAGUGCAUGCUGUCAUGUUUCUGUAGAGUACAGCAGAUUUUCCUUUGCAAAAGCCGACUAUGUUUUUUAUGGACCUUGCAAAGAGUAAAUAAAAACACAGCAGCAGCAGCAGCGAGAGAUGCAGAGUAGCUCCUGACUACACAGGCAAAGAGCUGACCAGAGUGAGGAAUCUGAAUGGGACGUAGCACCAGGGACAUUGCAAUUGCUUUUUAAAUUGAUCCUGUAGAAAUUAUUCUACCAGGUAAAUGGUACUCACCUUUGCAAUGGAGUCUAAUGAAGAAGAGAGCUGGAUGGAGGAUCAGUGGGAAAAAUGGCUGACCCAUGAUAUCAGUCUGGAGGAGUUUGAAGAUGAGGAUCUCUCAGAGAUAACAGAGAUCACAGAUGAAUGUGGAAUGAGCCUGAAUUGCAAUGACAGCCUGGACAUCAUGAGCCAUGUGAGCCGGGAGACCAAUAGCGUGGAGGGGAAAGCAAGUGGGAGUGAAGCCAGUAAGCUGCAGGCAGAGAUGCUUCAGUUGGAUUUGAUUGAUGCCGUGGGUGAUAUAGAGGAUGAGGAAGCAGAACUGCCCAUCAAGGAGCCUUUGGUGAAGGAACCUGCGCCAGUUACCAUGGAUACCUACAGGCCCAAGAGACCGACCACCCUUAACCUCUUCCCACAGGUGCCUCGGACUCAGGACACGCUAAACAACAACUCGUUUGGUAAGAAGUACAGCUGGCAGGAAAAGGUCUCUCGUUCAUCUUCCCCCUUAAAAACAGGAGAGCUGACGCCGACCCAUGACCACAUCUGCCUAAGUGACGAGGAUAAAGUCCAACACAGCACAACCCAGACCAAAGACAGAGGCACCUCUACAGACGCCCCAUGCCGCCACACCUCCUCCACCCAAGGCAGCGGGGGAACGCGGUCCAAACUGCACGACAAACCCACAGCCACGGGAGGACUGCAACAACAACAACAACAACACAGCAAGGGCCAGCCCGAGGGCCACAAGGACCGCAUCCGCUACCACACUGAUGUGCAGUUCGAAGCCACAGAGGAAAUCUAUUUGACCCCGGUGCAGAAAAACUCUGACUCUUUAGAGCACGACAAGCCUUUCCUGUCCCAGUCCAGUGAAAACCGCAUGUCCAUAAGCUCUGAUAUAGACACGACACAUUACCAGUCCUUACCCAACCGGACAAACCCUUCCAUUAGUGAGGAGGAUGAGGUUUACACCACCACCUCAGCCUUAGACAAGAUGAGUGUAGCUCGAAACACAGACCACGGGGGCAGCGCUUUUCAAGCAGCCUCCGGCGUCCCGCGGACUUCUGUCAGCUCUGAGGCUAGUGGCCUCUCAUACGAUUCCGUCAAAUACACCUUGGUGGUGGAUGAGAACAUGCAGCUGGAGCUGGUCAGUUUGAAGCAGUGCUAUUCCAGAUACAGCGACGACAGCGACUCAGCCACGGUCUAUGACAACUGUGUCUCCUCGCCUUACGAGUCAGCCAUCGGCGAAGACUACGAGGAGGACGCGCUGAAGCGAGACUCUGCGUGCGUCUCUCAGGACUCCACCCCAGAAACUGACCUCCCCUUCUCACGAAAGUUCCUCAACGUGUUCAUGCAUGGCAGGUCCAGCUCCUCAAGUGCUGAAUCAUUUGGAUUGUUCUCCUGUGUAAUUAAUGGAGAGGAGAGGGAGCAGACUCAUCGGGCAGUGUUCAGGUUCGUCCCGCGGCACGUUGAUGAGUUGGAGCUGGAGGUGGACGAUCCUCUCCUGGUGGAGGUGCAGGCUGAUGAUUACUGGUACGAGGCCUACAACAUGAGGACAGGGCUGAGGGGCGUCUUCCCUGCUUACUACGCCAUCGAGGUCACCAAGGAGCCAGAGCGCUUUAAAGAAACAGAGAAGAAUAGCGAAUGGGUGGACAAAUUCCGGGUAAAAUUCCUUGGUUCCGUGCAAGUUCCGUAUCACAAAGGGAACGACGUGCUCUGCCUGGCUAUGCAAAAGAUUGCUACCAACAGGAGGGCGACUGUGCAAUUCAACCCCACGUCCAGCUGUAUUUUAGAGAUUAAUAUGAAGGGAAUUAAAAUAGUGGUACAACCAGAUGAUUACAGUGAAUAUCAAAGGGAGUUUACUUGUUCUGGGAGAAAGCUGGGGAGAAUGUUUGCCUUGAAGUCUGGGGGUAACCAGUGUAGUCACUUCUUUCAGCUGAAGAAUAUCUCCUUCUGUGGAUACCAUCCAAAGAACCACAAAUACUUUGGCUUUAUAACCAAACAUCCAGCAGAUCACAGAUUUGCCUGUCAUGUUUUUGUCUCUGAAGACUCGACUAAACCGAUUGCAGAGUCAGUAGGGAGAGCAUUCCAGCAGUUCUACAAGGAAUAUGUGGAGUACACGUGUCCAACAGAAGACAUUUACUUGGAAUAGAGACAGUCCUGCCUGGAAACUGCUCCUUGUACAAUAUUUGUGUAUCAUAACAUGUUGCAUGAAGGAGAUAUAUAUAACAAAAACAAAAAAAGACAUCUGUUUUUUUUCUUGAAGAAAUUUUUGUUAAUAAAAAAACAACAAUAAAUGCAGUAAUUAAUAACUGAUUAUUCCCAUACUAGAUAUGUAACUGUUCCUUUUAAAGGGUAUAGAAUGCUAAAGCAGAACAUUUGAUACAAGGCAGACUGACCUACUGUAAUCUUUUACGUAGAUUUAUAAUAAUAGGACAUAGAUUUGAAGGCAGUACAGACUAUUUUUAUUUGUUUAAAUUACCUUGAUAAAUGGGAUAUCACCGAUUUUUACGGAAACAUUAAGGCUGUAACCUGUUCUAUUUGUGAAAUCUAAAAUAUGCACUACAUAGAUUACAGGAACAUUUUCAAAAAAAUGACAGAUGUCUACCCGUGAUGUAACAGCCCUUUUUUAUUGAACGCUUUGGUAAAAGAAAACGACAGUGUCAUUCUAUCACACAGUCUGCACACAGUGAAGGGACUGGAGUGAGCAUCAGGCUGCACUGCCAUAGCAGCCAUUUCAGUUUUUAAAAUAAAUAGAAAGAGGAUUCAAAGAAAGAAAGUCUGUUCAUUUAUUUGCCUUUGAAGUAUAUAGAUCUGGAUUGACAUUUAUUUGCCUAUUUAUUUCAGUUGGUGGCAAUCAGUCAGUUUCCGGGGGGGG